AUGCUGCCCUACGUCUUCAGGCCAUUUCCCAAAAGUGGCUACAUCAGGACUCUAGCUCUCGAACCCGGAGCUUACGACGAUGACAUUGUCAUACAUAUGAGUCGUGUUCCCUUCGACCCAGCACAUCCGCCUUAUUAUGAGGCUCUGUCUUAUUUCUGGGGAUCCAAUACAAACAAAAAGCCCAUAUACGUCGGAAAACAAGGCGGAUCGAUCAUCAUGGUGACGAGAAACCUCGAGGUGGCACUGAGACACCUUCGACCUAGACACGGAUCUUCCCGAAUUAUGUGGAUUGAUGCUAUUUGCAUCAAUCAGGCCGACGAUGAAGAGAAAGGUCCACAGGUUGCCAAGAUGGGUCAGAUUUUCAAACACGCCGCUCGGGUUACGGCGUGGCUCGGACCGGAACAGAACAGUAGUGAUCAAGCUAUGCGCCUGAUGGGGUAUCUCGGGUCACAAGUCUCUGUAGCUUGGCCGCCUUUUCAUGGCAGUUCAAUCCCCUGGUCUAUGCGCCCUACUCCAACAGCCUUCGAUAAGUCUUUGGGCGAUAAAAUGUCGUAUCUGCCUUUCAGUUAUCCUGAGACUCAGUCAAUUUACCACUUGUUAUCUCGUAGAUGGUUCAGGCGUUUGUGGGUUCGUCAGGAGAUUUUCUUGGCGACAGGCAAAGCUGUUCUUGUCUGUGGAUCAUUUGCCACCCCAUGGGCUCUUUUCAGGAAUGCGAUGGUAUCCAUUUAUUGUAAACCCUGCCACAAGGUACCAAGGGGAUGGAGCAGGCUGAAAACGACGCUUUCUUCAUUCAUAUUCCAGACGUUUCCAGUUCGUAUCACUACCAUAAGACAGCUAUUCGAUGGAAGCGAAUGUCGAGAUAGUCGUGACAGGAUAUACGCGAUUCUUGAUCUUUUACAUGAUUUGGAUCGACGACUUAACAUCCAACCAGACUACACCAAGUCCACUGCGUCCGUGUAUAAAUGUCUCACAAGAAUGUACAUUGAGAAGUCCAGGAGCGUCAAGAUUCUUCAGGAUUGCCAGAUUGAUACAAACAUCAAAAACACCAGCUGGGUUCCUGACUGGACAGCAAAGCUAGAAACAGAGCAAUUUACCACCAUGUUCGCGUCAUCUCAACUGGCUUCAGAUUUUGUUUUACGGAUAUGA